AUGGCGGGUGCGGAGCCCCAGCAAGAGAAGGACAUGGGCCAGAUUCACAGCGCAGGACAGACAGAAAAGCGCUUUGGCGUCUCGGGUCCAGAAUUGGCAGCCCAGAACCUCGAAUCGGGCGAUCCCAAACGAGCGGACGGCAAGGUCGAAUUGACCGAAGAAGACUGCUACGACAAGCUGGGAUACUCGUUCCCGCACUGGAAGAAAUGGAUGAUCCUGGUCAUCAUCCUGUUCAUCCAGACGUCGAUGAACCUCAACGCGAGUAUCUAUGCCAAUGGCGUCGAUGGCCUGUCCGAGAAAUACACAAUCUCCAAGCAAAAGGCCCGCGUCGGACAGAUGAUCUUCCUCGUCUGCUAUGGCUUUGGCUGCGAACUGUGGGCUCCAUGGUCCGAGGAGCUGGGUCGAUGGCCGACUCAGCAGCUCUCCUUGUUCCUCGUCAACCUCUGGCAACUGCCCGCAGCCUUGGCUCCCAACUUUGGGACCAUUAUCGUCGCGAGAGCGCUUGCCGGCCUCUCAACAGCCGGCGGUUCUAUUACCUUGGGUGUCAUCGCCGACCUCUACCAGCCAGAAGACUCGGGCUUCCAAUACGCCGUUGCCUUUGUCGUGUUGUCUUCUGUUGGCGGCGCCCCUGUCGGAGCUGUCAUCGGCGGCUUCGUCGGCCAGUACCUUAGCUUACCGUGGAUUUUCUGGAUGCAACUCUGCAUCGGCGGCGCCGUGCAAGCCAUCCACUUCUUCCUCGUGCCCGAAACCCGAGCGACCAUCCUUCUGGACCGGGAAGCCAAGAAACGGCGCAAGAACGGCGAGACCAAUAUCUACGGACCUGACGAGCUCAAGAAGCCCCGAUUCCCGAUGAAGGAGUUUGUCCGUGUCUGGCUGAGACCGUUCCAGAUGUUUGUGACCGAGCCGAUCGUGCUGUGCUUGUCGCUACUCAGCGGUUUCAGCGACGCUUUGCUGUUUACCUUUUUGGAGGCAUUCACACCAGUGUUCGAGCAGUGGGGGUUCAAGCCGUAUCAAAUUGGAUUGGCCUUCAUUUCGUCCCUGGUCGGAUACAUCCUCGCCUACCUGUCCUACCUCCCUGUCAUAAGACACCACAACAAGAUCCGCGCCGAAGACCCGAACAAGCUAUCCCCCGAGUCUCGGCUGUGGUGGUUACUUUUCCUGGCGCCCCUCGAAACGAUAGGCCUGUUUGGCUUUGCCUGGACGUCGCUCGGUCCGGAUUACGGCAUCCCCUGGAUUGCGCCUAUGAUCUUCACGGUCCUCAUCGCCAUUGCCAACUACGGAAUCUACAAGAGCUCAAUCGACUACAUGAUCGCCGCGUACGGCCCAUACGCCGCGUCCUCGACAGGCGGCAACGAUCUAGCGAGAGAUCUCCUCGCUGGUAUCGCCGCCAUGUACAGCACGCCAUUCUACGAAAACAUCGGCCACAAAUUCACACUCGAAUACCCGUCCACCAUCCUGGCGUGCCUGUCGGUCGUAGUCAUCAUCCCCAUCUACAUCUUCUACUGGAAGGGCCAGUGGUUCCGCGACCGCAGCAAGUUCGCCCAGGAGUUGAAUCUGGGUAGGCAGACCGCCGUCGAGAGGCGGCGGAGUAGUGUGUUGGCCGGGGGUCAGGGCCGACACGACAGUGAGAAGGGGGGUGGUAGGCACGUUCAGCAGGUGUAG